CAAACUCCGCCCCCCAAACACACACACCCCAUUCUCUCUGCAGGUGAGGGCGGGAAGAACCGUCAGUGUUCAGCAACAAGCAGAGAUAACGACAGGCAGAACCAGGACUGAGGAGGACCAGAUCAGCAGUGUUUCUGUGGACCUGAAGAGAGCUCAGCAGGUGAGGGCGGGAAGAACCGUCAGUGUUCAGUAACAAGCAGAGAUAACGACAGGCAGAACCAGGACUGAGGAGGACCAGAUCAGCAGUGUUUCUGUGGACCUGAAGAGAGCUCAGCAGGUGGAGGCUCUGCUAUGGAUCACUGUGAGGACAGAGAGGAGGGAGCCCCCCCCUCUCUGUGUGGGGAACAUGACAGCCAGACUAAAGCUCAGAGCUCUGUGUUGUGUUCCAGCCCAGAGGACACACCACACUCUGCUGGACCUGAAGCUGGACCUGAAGCUGGACCUGAACAUGGACCUGAAGCUGGACCUGGACCUGGAUCUGGACCUGAAGCUGGACCUGAACCUGGACCUGAACCUGAACCCGAAGCUCUACCUGAACCUGAAGCUGGAGUAGGAGAAAAUAUGGCGACACUGAAAGAGAUCCUCUUCAGUACUUUAGAACAUUUGGGGAAAGAGGACUUUGGACAAUUCAAGUGGCACCUGCAGCAGAAGGUCCUAGGAUUCAAAGGAAUCCCGGAGAGUCGACUAGAGGAUGCAUUGCGGACGCAAACUGUGGACCAUAUGUUUCUGAACUACUGCAUUAAGACUAUUGAAGUGACCAAAUACGUUUUGAAGAAGAUUAAUCGGAAUGAUCUGGUGGACGAAUUAUCAAAAAUCACAUCAGAACCGACAGAGAUUCUUACUCAGUGCCAAAGGACGCUCAAAUUAAACCUGGAGAAAAAAAUUGAGAAAAUCAUAAAAACGGGUAAUUCAAGACCUCUAAAUGAAAUCUACACAGAGAUCCACAUCACCAUGGGAGAAACUACAGCUGAGGAGCAUGAGGUCAGACAGAUUGAAACAGCAUCCAGGAAACCAGACAGACCAGAAACAAUCAUCAGACAAGAAGAACUCUUUAAAGCCUCACCUGGAAGAGAUGCACCAAUCAGAGUGAUGACAAAGGGAGUGGCUGGCAUCGGGAAAACAGUCUUAACACAGAAGUUCACUCUGGACUGGGCUGAAGGCAAAGCCAACCAGGACAUCCAGUUCAUAUUUCCAUUACCUUUCAGAGAUCUGAAUAGGCUGAAGAAAAAUUACAGCUUGGUGGAACUUGUUCAUCACUUCUUCGCUGAAACCAGAAACGCAGGAAUCUGCAGGUUUGAUCAGUUCCCGGUUGUGUUCAUCUUUGACGGUCUGGAUGAGUGUCGACUUCCUCUGGACUUCCACAACAAUGAGAUCCUGACUGAUGUCACAGAGUCCACCUCAGUGGAUCGGCUGCUGACAAACCUCAUCAGGGGGAAGCUGCUUCCCUCUGCUCGCCUCUGGAUAACCACACGACCUGCAGCAGCCAAUCAGAUCCCUCCUGAGUGUGUGGACAUGGUGACAGAGGUCCGAGGGUUCACUGACCCACAGAAGGAGAAUUACUUCAGGAAGAGAUUCAGAGAUAAGAAGCUGGCCAGCACCAUCAUCUCCCACAUCAAGACCUCAAGAAGCCUCCACAUCAUGUGCCACAUCCCAAUCUUCUGCUGGAUCUCUGCUUCAGUUCUGGAGAAAGUGUUGAAAACCAGAGAGGGAGGAGAGCUGCCCAAGACCCUGACUGAGAUGUACAUCCACUUCCUGGUGAUUCUAUCCAAAGUGAGGAACGUCAAGUAUCAUGGAAAAAGGGAGACAGAUUCCUGGAGUCCAGAGAGCAGGAAGAUGAUGGAGGCUCUGGGAAAACUGGCCUUUGAGCAGCUGCAGAAAGGCAACCUGAUCUUCUAUGAGUCCGACCUGACAGACUGUGGCAUCGAUAUCACAGAAGCCUCAGUGUACUCAGGAGUGUUCACACAGGUCUUUAGAGAGGAGAGUGAACUGUACACGGACACAGUGUUCUGCUUCGUCCAUCUGAGCGUUCAGGAGUUUCUGGCUGCUCUUCAUGUCCAUCUCACCUUCAUCAACUCUGGAGUCAACCUGCUGGCAGAAGAACCAACAACCUCCUGGCUGCCUAAAGUCUUCAGACCUCAACCCACACUAACACAUCUCUACCAGAGUGCUGUGGACAAGGCCUUACAGAGUACAAAUGGACACCUGGACUUGUUCCUUCGUUUCCUCCUGGGUCUUUCACUGCAGACCAAUCAGAAACUCCUACAUGGCCUGCUGACAGAAACAGGAAGUAGCUCAGAGAUCGACCAGAAAACAGUUGAGUACAUCAAGAAGAAGAUAAGAAAGAACCCGUCUCCGGAGAGAAGCAUCAACCUGUUCCACUGUCUGAAUGAACUUAAUGAUGGUUCUCUAGAGGAGCAGAUCCAACAGUACCUGAGUUCAGGAAGUCUCUCCACAGAUAAACUGUCUCCUGCUGAGUGGUCAGCUCUGGUCUUCAUCUUACUGUCAUCAGGAAAAUAUCUGGACGUCUUUGACCUGAAGAAAUACUCUGCUUCAGAGAAGGCUCUUCUGAGGCUGCUGCCAGUGGUCAAAGCCUCCAGGAAAGCUCUGCUGAGUGGCUGUAAGCUGUCAAAGAGAAGCUGUGAAGCUCUGUCCUCAGUCCUCAGCUCCCAGUCCUCUAGUCUGAGAGAGCUGGACCUGAGUAACAACGAGCUGCAGAAUUCAGGAGUGAAGCGGCUGUCUGCUGGACUGGAGAGUCCACACUGUGAACUGGAGACUCUCAGUCUCUCAGGCUGUAUGGUUACAGAGGAAGGCUGUGUUUCUCUGGCUUCAGCUCUGAGCUCCAACCCCUCCCAUCUGAGAGAGCUGGACCUGAGUAACAACGACCUGCAGGAUUCAGGAGUGAAGCUGCUGUCUGCUGGACUGGAGAGUCCUCACUGUGAACUGGAGACUCUCAGUCUCUCAGGCUGUAUGGUUACAGAGGAAGGCUGUGUUUCUCUGGCUUCAGCUCUGAGCUCCAACCCCUCCCAUCUGAGAGAGCUGGACCUGAGCUAUAAUCAUCCAGGAGACUCAGGAGAGAAGCUGCUGUCUGCUGGACGUGAGGAUCCACUCUGGAGACUGGAGACACUCAGGCUGGACCAUGGUGGAGAGCAGAGGUUAAAACCAGGUGUGAGGAAGUAUUCCUGUGGACUCACCCUGGACUCAAACACAGCAGAGAGAUACCUCAAACUGUCUGAGGACAACAGGAAGGUGACAGGUGUGAGAGAGGAUCAGCCAUAUCCUGAUCAUCCAGAGAGGUUUGAGUUCUGGUCUCAGCUGAUGUGCAGAGAAGCUCUGACUGGUCGCUGUUACUGGGAGGUCGAGUGGAGAGGAAGGGGGGUUCGUAUAGCAGUGACUUACAGAGGAAUCAGCAGGGGAGGAGGCGGAGGGGAAUGUAGGUUUGGAUGGAAUGAUCAGUCCUGGAGACUGAAGUGCUAUGAUGAAGGUUACUCUGUCAGGCACAAUGAGAGAGUAACAAGCAUCUCCUCCUCCUCCUCCUCCUCCUCCUCCUCCUCUCGUAGAGUAGCAGUGUAUCUGGAUCAUCCUGCUGGCUCUCUCUCCUUCUACAGAGUCUCCUCUGACACACUGACCCACCUCCACACCUUCAGAACCACAUUCACUGAACCUCUCUAUGCUGGGUUUCGGUUAGUGUCAGAUGGCUUCUCCUCAGCGUCUCUGUGUCCUCUGUAGGAGGAGACCACUUCCUGUCCUGGGUUUAAGGGUUGCUGUUUUAAAUCUGGCUCACUGAUUGUGUCUUUACUGUCAGAAGUGUUUUUAUCAGAGAGGCUUUCAUUGGGUGAUGAAUCUCUCCUUAUCAGUUCAGUUAUAAGUUGGACAGAUGAAUCAAAAGGUCAAUGAUUGUUGAUUCUUGAAAAUGCUUUAAGAAACUCAACAGCCUUCAUCUCAGCUCUCCAGAGGGUUUACUUUAUUGAGUUAGCAGCUCAUUCCUUCAAACAGAAACUUCAGAGUGAUUAUAAUGAGAGCAGAUAGAAAGAAAGGUGGGCACACAUGAAUACCGUGAUAUAUAUUUGUACAUAUAUAUCGAAGUAGUACAAUAUAUGACAAGUUUAAUCUGUGGGCCAUAUCUCAUUAUACUGUCUGAAUUAGCUGAGGGCCCAAAGUGUUGUUUAAUGUUUAAUAAAAUGGCGGCUAUGUCAACUGUUGAAGAAAGGAAGAAAAUGGAACAAUGUAUUUUAUUAUAUAAAGCUUAAAUAUGUUAAAAACUGUGUUAAACUCUGAAUGCCAUAGUCAUGUAUCGUAUAGUUUAACGCUUUAGCAAUAUAAACAGGAUGUAUAACAGAAAUCCUUACAUGGGUACUUGUAAAGACCUAUGUAGCAAAGUACGCACUUCCUCUUUCCAGGAGAUGGACAUCUGUUAUGCACUUCCUUGCGGGAAGUGAACAUUUAACCAUAAAGCAACAAAGAAGGACACCUGAUGUGACAAACCACGUGAACAAAGAGGAUAUAAGGAGACUGAAGAACAUUUGAACUCAGUUCCUCUUGAACUCAGUUCUUCUUGCAGAAGACUGAAGAACCCCCGAUACUAACUAGUAGUGGGGCAAACCUAGACGGAGCAGAUAUCAUCUAUAUCUGAGCUAAACGCAGUUCAUUAUAGUGUGUGGUGUUAUAACUUGUGAAACUUUAAAUAAAACGACCUGUUCACACUUGUGAGAGGAAACUAAA